GUAUACUCAUCGAGAGCUCGUCGCAAUUCCAAGUCGCACGCGUCACCCGAGCGGAGGCAUAGCAAGGACGGUAUCUCAGUGGCCAACAAACUAGCGAGGCUGCAACGACAAUCGACGGCCAUCGACGAGAGCUGCAUGCCAUCCAGCCUGUUCGGCCGAAGGAGCUCGCAGCCCACGCUGUCCGCGGACCAAGACUUCUCGGACCGCAAGACGCGACGCGACUCGUUGUCGCCCGACUCGGCGCACUACGCUCGGCGCAGGGACUCCAGGGUCAGCAGCGGUCUAUCGCCGGAUAGACAGGGCCGUGACGUUUCGCCGGGCAGGCAAAGGCGCCGUCGGAAUUACAGACGCCAGAGUACCACGAUGGGUGGCUACAACGUGCGUAGCUGCCAAUCGUCCAGAUCGCCCGAGUCGUCGUCGUCGUGCUCAUCCCGCGAACCGUCGCCGGCCGGAAGGGCUGUGGCGCCCGCGACCUCUCAUCGCACGCCGAUCAUCCGAAGACAAUCCACCACCGAAGAGAUAUUGAUCGCCAGAGGCUUCCGGAGACAAUCAACCACCGAAGAAAUGAUACGGUGCAGGAACUUCCGCCGGCUGUCUUCCCAGUCGGACGAAUGUUACCGCACGAGAGGCCGUCGAGAUUCCAGUACCCAAAUCAUAGACGGCACGUUGGCCACCAUGGCCGUGGAGACGAGCAGCACACUGUUCGAUUCCAGCACGCAAACAGAAACUUCUUUGUUGUAUGACAACAAGCACUACCACGAGGAAUGUUUGCGUUGCAAUUCGUGCGGAAUGAACCUAACCGGCCCAAACCAGAAACGGGCCAGAAGGUUCAAGAAUCACAUACUGUGUGAUCUGCACUUUGCCGACGUCGCUCUGAUGGAGUGCUCUGAUUUUAUGCAACAACUUCGUAGUUUCAAACCGCAAUCGCUCGGUUGUGCUGUGGCCAGAAGGAAAAGCUCCACUACACUCAUAUUCCCAUUGCCACCGCAGGCGUGUGGAGAUGAUAUAUGCGAGGAGUGGCCACAUAACUUUCAGCCGGCUCCCGGUUAUUGGAUCGAAUGUUCCCGUCAGAAAAUCACAAGUGAAACUGGAUGCGUCGAAGAAUCUGGAUCCGACGAGCGAGAGUUAAACAACGGCUCGAAUUCAGACGGUGCGGAUGGCGCCCAGGAGUACUUUGGAUCAAGGUACGGACGGCCUAGGGGUUCGGACAGUCUGCUACUGGAAGAUGAUGAAUAUUAUCCGUACGAUGACGAUUACGUCAUACCGCCGCCCAGACCAAAAACCUCAAUCGAGGAACAAUGGGAGAAAAACCGAUGUUUCGAGUUGACCUCCGUAGAACAAGAAACGUUCGAGAGGUACUUUUAUCAAAAAGAACAUUGGAAUUACUUCACAAAUGAUGAGGAUCUGGGUCCAAUUAUAUUGAGUCUCAAGCAAGAGACCAUUAACGGCCGAGAUCAAUUCAGGAUAUUGGUCAGAGCUAUUAGCUACACGGUACACGGCCUAAUACCAGCGUCCUGUGUGUUCGCCGAUCGCUAUAACCGCGAGGAAGUGGUUAGGUCUUUAGGUAAAGAGAUCAAUUUAAAUCCACCGUUGGUGCUCGGUCAGUUACCUGAUACAGCCGACGAACUGCUCAAGUUAGAUCAAGUGUUCAUGAAAUCUGAACUCAAAGUUGGAGUGAUCUACGUCAAAGAAGGUCAAACUACAGAGGAAGAGAUAUUGGAUAAUAACGAAAAUAGUUUAGCAUUUGAAGAAUUUCUUGGACUUUUAGGAGAGACCAAAAGACUUUGUGGGUUCGACAAGUACCGUGGAGGAUUAGACACGGUACACGAUUUAACUGGAACACAUUCUGUAUAUACCAAUUGGAGAAAUAUUGAAAUCAUGUUUCACGUGUCCACUAUGUUACCGUACGAGGCUCACGAUGCCCAAAAACUCCAAAGAAAAAGACACAUUGGUAAUGAUAUCGUGUGCGUUGUAUUCCUGGAAGCUGAUGAUACCCGAUUUUCACCAGCUUGUAUAAAAUCGCAUUUCCUGCAUACGUUUAUAUUGGUCAGAGUUAGUCCGCGAAUCAGAAGAAAAACGGAAAGAACCAAAUACGAGGUAUCCGUCGUGACCAGGGAUGAAGUCGGAGCAUAUAAGCCAUAUCUUUGGGAGCAAUCGGUGUUCGAAGAAAAAGACAUGUUCCGGGAAUGGAUCUUGACAAAGAUAGUAAACGGCGAACGAGCUAGUUAUUCUGCACCGAAAUUCGCCAGGAUGCAAGAACGUACUCGCAGUCAAAUGCUCGAAGACAUUGUUGCUAAUUUACAAAACCAUUGCGAGACCGGACAGAUACCUAAGCCGUACAGGAGGGGUUCGUGGAGACCGAUUGGGCAUAUGAGACCGUCUAGUCCGUUGCUCGAUUCGGUUAGGGAUCGGUUCGAAGACUAUGACACGUUAGCCAAAGACUUCACGAAAUUCUUUAUUAACUCCGAAACAAACGUCUCCUUGAACGGUCAUUUGUUUGACGUCGUGUUUUUGGUAGGUCAAAGUAAGCAAAAGACAAGAUUUAUCGGCGUACGAGCAAUUUUAGGCGUAAGAAGUCGAGUAUUCCAAGAAAUGUUGUAUGGGAUUUCCACUGGUUUCGGAUCACCUCAAAUGCCAGUGGCUGAGUUGCUAGCCCGAGGUCUUCCAAGUCUGCCCUCACAACAACACCAGAAAACCAAAAGCAGUAACUUUUUACAAGUUCCCGAUAUAGAGACACCAAGGGCCAAAAGUGUACCGAGCUCUCCGAUGAUGCGAAGAGCAUUUACGAGAUUAGGCACGAUCACUGCUGGAUGGAGUAAGUCGAUAAGAAAACAACAAAACCUCUCGGCCGACGAUAAAAAGAAAUGGGCUUCUUCUCAAGACUUCAGCCCAGAUAAAGAAAAAGAAAAGGACAAAGAAAAAGAGAAAGAGAGAUUGGCUCAGUUGUCCGUACCGAAAGUCAGUGUUUGUCCGAAUAACGGCGGCGACAAGAUCGAUCGAGCGAAACUCAAUCAAACCGAGUUUUCCAUCAUCGAAUUCGAUCCCGACACAUUUCGAAUAUUACUGGAUUACUUGCAUACGAGCUCUUGUAAAAUCACAUGUGCCAACGUUCCUGGAUUGAUAUGCGCCGCGGAACACUAUGAUUUGCCAGAACUGUUGCAGGCGUGUUUCCAUCACACAAAACAACAUUUAAGGGUGGACGUGAUAUGUCUGAUGUUAAACAGUUUGGAAAACUACGUCUGGCGGUAUAAUUCAGCUGUGGAAUUAGUAAAUCUGAUAUUUACGUACAUCGAACAGAACGCGUUGCGGGUAUUGAAUCACUGUGACUUCCUCACACUUUCCGAGUCGCUGGUUCAACAGAUAAUGAGUAGGCCGCUUGAAGUUUCCGAAAUUCGUAAGUUCCAAGCGAUGAUAAAAUGGGCGACCAACAAAAGUCAGUCAAAAACAAACGCUAAAGAAGAGUUUCAUCAUAUCAUGACAAGGCUGAAAAAAGAUAUCAAUUUGGUUAAAAUCGCACCCAACGAUCUCAUAAACAUCGUGUUACCAACGCGAACUGUCGAUAAUCAAGACAUUUUGAGCACUCUGUGCAAGCAAGCUGGCACUGGGGAGUACAAAAUCGAAAAGACUGUAUUCGAAAGGCUCAGCAGACAUAGAUCUGAUUGGGACCACGUCGAGCCUUACUUAUAAAAAAAAAAUCAUUUUGAAAAGAAGACCGCUAAAAAUAAUAAUACAAUUUAGUUUUUACAACAAAGAUGUGUAUGUUUUGUGAUUAGAUUAAGAUUUAUAAUUAACAUGAUGUUUUGUUAUCAUAUCGCUGAAAGCUUUCGUCUUUCACAUUAAAAUGGCUAUUUAUAAUAAUAAAUUAUAAUAAGUACUUACAUA